GCAACAAAAAUCCCUAGAUAUUUUCACAUUUUCUAGUGUGUGACCGGUGUUUCAUUGAAAGAAAAUGGCAAUUAGUUUAUUAAACCCUAAAGCUGAAGUCGCGAGGGCUGCACAAGCCCUUGCUGUUAACAUUUCCGCCGCGAAGGGUAUACAAGACGUCAUGAAGUCCAAUCUGGGCCCCAAAGGGACAAUGAAAAUGUUAGUCUCCGGCGCCGGCGACAUCAAAAUCACUAAAGACGGCAAUGUGCUCCUCCAUGAGAUGCAAAUUCAGCACCCCACCGCCUCCCUCAUAGCGCGCGCUUCCACCGCUCAGGACGACAUGACCGGCGAUGGCACCACUUCCACGGUCCUUGUCAUUGGGGAACUUCUCAAACAGGCUGAUAUUCUCAUCGCCGAAGGUUUGCAUCCGCGUGUUGUAACUGAAGGUUUCGAUAAAGCCAGAGAAAAAACUCUCGAAAUUCUUGAUUCGAUCAAAGUCCCUAUUGAAAUAACCCGCGAGAGCCUUCUUGAUGUUGCACGGACUAGUCUUAGGACCAAAGUGCACCAGGUCCUGGCGAACGUUCUAGCCGAUGUUUGCGUUGACGCUAUUUUGGCUAUCAAACCAAAAGACAAGUCAGUGGAUCUUCACAUGGUCGAAUUGAUGGAAAUGCAGCACAAAACUGAGACGGACACCACUUUGGUCAAGGGUUUGGUGCUUGAUCAUGGUUCCAGACAUCCAGAUAUGCCCAAAAGGUUGAAAAAUUGUUACAUUUUGACGUGUAACGUGUCGAUGGAAUAUGAGAAAAGCGAAGUCAAUUCGGGUUUCUUUUAUAAGACGGCGGAAGAGCGCGAGAAAAUGGUCCAAGCCGAGCGCGAGUUUAUCGAACAGAGGGUGAAAAAGGUCAUUGAUUUGAAAAAGAAACUCUGCGAUGGCACUGAUAAGAGUUUUGUUGUUAUCAAUCAGAAAGGUAUCGAUCCAAUGAGUCUUGAUCUUUUGGCCAAAGAAGGUAUUAUGGCUUUGAGACGAGCCAAAAGACGCAAUAUGGAAAGAUUAGCUUUGGCUUGCGGUGGAGUCGCUUUGAAUCAUUUAGAUGACAUUCAAGAGUCACAAUUGGGGUAUGCUGGAGUCGUCUAUGAACACGUUUUGGGUGAAAAUAAAUUUACUUUUGUGGAGGAGUGUAAAAUACCUCAAUCCGUCACUAUUCUGAUUAAAGGGCCCAAUAAACAUACCCUCGCUCAGAUCAAAGAUGCAGUCAGGGAUGGAUUACGUGCCAUCAAUAAUGCGAUUGAGGACAAAUCCUUGAUUCCAGGCGCGGGGGCCUUUGAGGUGACGGCUCACAAGCAGCUAAUGUCUUACAAGGACACUGUUAAGGGCAAAUCUCGUCUUGGGAUUGGGGCCUAUGCCGAAGCCCUUCUCGUAAUUCCUAAAGUGCUUGCAACGAAUUCUGGUUUUGACGCUCAGGAUACUAUUGUGAAACUCCAAGAAGAAUCUCGUCUCAACCCGGAACCAAUUGGACUCGAUUUAACUUCAGGUCAACCGAUUAAUCCGAAAGAUGCUGGAAUUUUUGAUAAUUACAUCGUGAAAAAACAAAUAAUUAAUUCGUGUUCAGUAAUCGCAAGUAAUUUGUUAUUGGUUGAUGAAAUAAUGAGAGCUGGAAUGAGCAGUUUGAAGGGUUAAAAAAUGAUUUUCUAACAAGUUUUUUUUUCAGUAAUUAUUUACAACUGAUCUUGUAUUAAUGCUUCACGUAAUUGAUUUUGUAUUGUAUUUAUCAUGCAAUAAAGGAUUUUAACACGAA